AUGGCAAACGCAGACGCGAACGUGGCCGCGGACUGGGCGACGUUGCUGCAACACUACCUGGAUAUGGAGCAGCCGGUCGACGCUGUCUUCUUCAUCUACGUCUUCGUCGAUAAAACUCUGGAGAGAACACACUCCAAGACUAGGACUCCGGUCUUCGAGCCGAAACGCACCGAAGUGCACAGUGCCAUCAAAUCCGUCACCGAGAAGCUCAGGCGCAACGUCGAAGCUGAUUUGGCCAAGUACGACACCGCCAUAGUCAAGCGAAACAAACUGCGGACGGAAUUGGGCGUGUUAACCACGCCUCGCAGCCAGUUCACCGCCGACGAUUGCUCCAUGAAGCUCAGCGUGCGCAUACCACGCUUAGUAGUGGACGCCGGCAAGGAUUACUUCGAGGACCGAAUGCCCAGAAGCAACGCGGACCCUUACACUGUUUGCGAGAUGUUCGUCAGGACCGUGUGCCUCGAGUGA